AUGAUAGUUGAUUGCCAACCAUUUUGGUUGCAUUUUGGUUUUGUUUGGCCACCAUCUUUUAACUUUUUCUGGUUUGUGAAAGAUGGAUGUGGGAUUGUUUGUGCUACAUUUACCUGGAUUUUAAUUAUUUAUGCUCAGUUUGUGGUCAUAACCGUCCUCCUUCAUCCAUCUCCUUAUACCAACCAUGCUCUUUUUAAUGGAGUUUUAUUUGAAAUUCUGUCAACUUUGGCCAUGGUUUCACAUUUCAGAGCAAUGUUCUCAGAUCCAGGAGCUGUACCCAGAGGAAAUGCGACUCCAGAGUGCAUGGAAAAAAUGAAUUUUAAAACUGACAAAAUUUUGUACAAAUGUCCGAAAUGCGUUUCCAUCAAACCAGAACGUGCCCAUCAUUGUAGCAUUUGUCAGAGGUGCAUUGAGAAGAUGGAUCAUCACUGUCCCUGGGUCAAUAAUUGUGUUGGCGAAAGGAAUCUGAAAUAUUUUGUUCUGUUUACGUUUUAUAUAUGUUUGAUGUCAUGUCAUGUUAUAUACAUGUCUGGAUUUCACUUUUUCUCCUGCAUAUCCACUCGUUUAUCAGGCUCCUGUUUUAAUUUUACUCCCGCAAUCACUAGCUUCCUUAUGAUGAUGUUGUUUGUGGAAUCGUUGUUGUUUGGCUUAUUUACAUGUAUUAUGUGCAUAUCUCAGAUGUCUGCAAUUUUAAACGACGAAACGGGAAUCGAACAACUAAAGCGGGAUAAAACUAAAUAUUGCAGAACUAGUCGGGUAAAAAAUUUGAAAAGAGUGUUCGGAUCCAAAAUAUCUUUCGCUUGGAUAUCUCCUUUCCACACUUCUAAUGCAACCGAAAUUUCCUUGGACAACAAUAUGUAUAUUAUAUAA